AUGGCCUCCCGAGCAUUUCCCGCCAAAUACGAAAAGAUCCAUGAUGAAGAGUGCCUCGAAACAGAUUCAGAACCUCGGUGGAGACAGCGGCGCACGAGUCAGUGGGUCACGUGGUCGAGCAGGGUUACAGCCUUCCUCAUGGUAAACCUACUGAUCGUUGGACUGCUGCUCCACACUCUCGAGCCUCUGAUCACUCUUCUGCGCAGAAAUAAAGAGCUUUUCGGUCCUCGGGUGGCUCUGCCUAGCUCUAAUAUCUUACAUGAUCGAAAUAGGACUGCCCAAUUGAGUCAUAUACCAUUUAUUUUGCAUCAAACUACUGCGACAGAGACGAUUCCAGAUCAUUGGGUCGGGCCGCAGAAUAGCUGCAAGCAAGCUUACUCGGACUUUGAAUACAAGCUGUGGACUGAUGCAUCAGCUCGCGAUUUCCUUGCCAAUCAUUACCCAUGGUUCGUGGACACUUGGGACAACUAUCCUUUCCCUAUCCAGCGGGCCGACUCGAUUCGCUAUUUUGUUUUGUAUCACUAUGGUGGUAUCUACCUUGAUAUGGAUACCUGGUGCAACGAAACUCUGCCCAUUCACAAACUCGGAUCAGGCACAGCCAAACACUAUGCCCUUUUCAAAUCCACUCUUCCAACGGGUGUCACGAAUGACCUCUUGAUUACCUCUGCAAAACAUCCCGCUUAUGCAGCAGCGAUUACCCAAUUACCUGUGUUCAAUGCCAUCACCCGAGUCUGGGCACGGUGGCAGCCACACUGCGCUAUCAUGAUCUCCGCCGGUCCCAUGUUCCUGACAAUGGUGCUGAAGGGAUACUUGCUCAAGCAACCGUCGUUGCCCUCGCCCACCGUCGGGGUCAUUAAUGCAACCGAAUUAGCGCCAUACAUCAUUGACCUCGAAAGUAGCACUUGGCAUCGAGCGGAUACAAAGAUAUUUGUGUGGAUUGGAGAUCGACCGUGGACGUGGUUCAGCAUGGGGGUGAUAGGGCUUGCUGCAGGCUUAUUUGUUUUCAAUCGCCUGCUCCUGACUCUUUGUGAUGUUCUUCGCAAGACUCCUUCUGGCACCUUUGGCUCCAAAGUUUUCAAAGCAGCAUGA